CCCAGCCACGGGGAGCCGCCCGAAGGUGACGGCGAGGCAGCUGGAGCCUGGCGCGCGGAGAAGGACGCGAGCGCGACAGGAGCGGAGGCCGUGGGCGACAGCGAGGAGGACGGCGAGGACGUGUUCGAGGUGGAGAAGAUCCUGGACGUGAAGACUGAGGGGGGCAAAGUACUUUAUAAAGUCCGCUGGAAAGGAUACACGUCGGACGAUGACACCUGGGAGCCGGAGGUCCACCUGGAGGACUGUAAAGAAGUGCUUCUUGAAUUUAGGAAGAAAGUUGUGGAUAACAAAGCUAAACCAGUCAAGAAAGACACUCAGAGACUCUCUUUAAGUAAUGACAUAUUUGAGGCGAACUCUGAUAGCGAUCAGCAAAGUGAGACAAAGGAAGAUACUUCUCCAAAGAAGAAAAAGAAAAAGUUAAGGCAGCGGGAAGAGCCGAGCCCAGAUGUGGGGAAGAAGAAGAAGGCCAAGACCGGGAAGCUCCGAGAGCGGGCCAGGCUGGACCUGGAGAGCACCCCGGAGAGCUCGGGGUUCGAUCUGAGGACAAAGAAGAGGAUCUCGGAAGCCAAAGAAGAACCAAAGGAACCCAAGAAGCCCAAAAAAGAUGACGUAAAAGAAGCCAAGGAAUUGAAGAAAGUUAAAAAGGGCGAAGUAAGAGAUUCAAAGGCUAAAAUAAGAGAAGAUUCCAAAGAAAACAGAAAAACAAAGAAAGAGAGGGGUGCGGACUCUCAGUUAGACUUGGAAUCAAGUGUACUUAACGAGCCCUCUUCCCAGGAGGGGGACAAUGACGAGUCCCAGCCUGCCAACCGAGAGGAGAAACCGAGGGCUAGAGGCGCGAAGGAGAAAGCCGGGCUGGACGCGGGGCCGGACGCUGUGUCAGAGAGCCCGCGGGACGAUGCGGGCAGCAUGGAGGAGGAGGGCAACAGCAGGGGGAAGGGGGCCAAGAAGAGGCCCCGCAGGGCUGAGGAGCCACGGGGCCGCGCAGGCCCGGAGAACGGCCAGGGCCCUGGCCGGCGACACACGUGCAAGACACCUCGCGGCCAGGAGCGCAGCCGGAGCGUGGAGGCCGAGGCGCCCAGGAGCUGGCGGGUGGGCAGCUCAGCCGAGGAUGAGAAAGAGACCAAAAAAAAUGAACCCAAAGAAAAAUACCAGAGAAAGCAUGAUUUGGACAAGGAAGAAAAAGGCCGCAGGGAGCCAAAGGGAUUGAAGACAUUUAAGGAAAUCAAAAAUGCGUUUGACUUCUUUAAAUUAACUCCAGAAGAAAAAAAUGAUUUUUCUGAGAAUAAUCAGAAAAGAGAAGAAAUACCGGUGGAGUAUAAAAUCGCAGAAGAUCACAAAAACAAGGAAAGCAAGCAGGAACUUAAAGAAAGGAGAAAUACGAGAGAUGAGACUGACACCUGGGCGUACAUCGCCGCAGAGGGCGAUCAGGAAGUGGCAGACAGCGGAUACCAAGCAGACGAGAAUUGCGACGGCAAGCAGCAGGUUCUGAGUUUGGGCAUGGACCUCCAGCUGGAGUGGAUGAGACUGGAGGAUUUUCAGAAGCAUCUUGCUGGGGAAGACGAGACUUUCACUCCAGCAGAUGCAGUUCCGAGCAAUUUAUUGCGGGAUGCUGUGAAAAAUGGAGAUUAUAUCACUGUGAAGGUUGCACUCAAUUCAAAUGAAGAAUAUAACCUGGACCAAGAGGACUCAAGCGGGAUGACGCUGGUGAUGCUGGCCGCAGCCGGAGGACAGGACGACCUGCUGAGGCUCCUGAUCGGGAAGGGGGCCCGGGUGAACGGGCGGCAGAGGAACGGGGCCACCGCCCUCAUCCACGCAGCCGAGAAGAAUUUCUUGACCACAGUGGCUAUCCUUUUGGAAGCAGGAGCCUUCGUCAACGUCCAGCAGAGCAACGGGGAGACAGCGCUCAUGAAGGCCUGUAAGAGAGGGAACUCGGACAUUGUGCGCCUGGUGAUCGAACGUGGCGCUGACUGCAAUAUCCUGUCCAAGCACCGGAACAGUGCCAUGCACUUCGCCAAGCAGAGUGACAAUGUGCUGGUGUACGACCUGCUCAAGAGCCACCUGGACACGCUGUCCCGAGUCGCAGAGGAGACUAUCAAGGACUACUUCGAAGCACGCCUCGCUCUGCUGGAGCCGGUCUUCCCCAUAGCCUGUCACCGUCUCUGUGAGGGGCCAGAUUUUUCAACGGAUUUCAAUUACAAACCUCCGCAGAACAUACCAGAAGGCUCUGGCAUCCUGCUGUUUAUCUUCCACGCAAACUUUCUGGGUAAGGACGUGAUUGCUCGGCUCUGUGGACCCUGCAGUGUGCAAGCUGUAGUUUUAAAUGACAAAUUUCAACUUCCUAUUUUUCUGGAUAGUCAUUUUGUUUACUCCUUCAGCCCUGUGGCAGGCCUCAACAAGCUCUUCAUAAGGCUGACAGAAGCACCCUCCGCUAAGGUGAAGCUGUUAAUCGGUGCGUACAGAGUGCAGCUGCAGUGACCAAGCCAAGGCCUGGGGUGGACUGAAGGGACGGACUGACCUUCACACUUCAAAUACUGUCCCUAAAGCAGCUGAGGACUCUGGCACAGCCAACACUCACGCCUACAUUUAAAGUCUGUAAAUCUCGUGCAGUUUAAGGCCUGUCACUUGUCACAGUCUCUUAAGAUGGGACACGGUGUUCUAAUGUCAUAAAAUAUAAAUGUAAGUAUUUGUGCUAGCAUUCUGAAGUCUUGGUGUUGUGUCCAGGCUGCAUAUUUCUGUUUCCACAAUGUGGAAUUGUACCUAUGAGGACUGUCUCCUUUUUUUAACUAAGUUUCUACUGUCCUGGUGAAUUUGUGUUGCUCCACGCAUUAAGCAAAGCGUGAAUCUGCUGCCUUUGCAGCCUCAUCUGCUGCUAACGUGCAGUUGCUCAUGUCUCGAGCUGGAGGCGACAACUUGGUAUUUUUCCAGUUAUCCUUUUUUUGAAGAGAUAAAAGCAAAAAAUGUCAACCAGGACAUCGUGAGGUAUAAAAGGACGUUUAACCUUGCUUACAGCUAUCCUGUACCCUUCCUUUGAGCACUGGCAAGGCCAGCCAGCUUUGCCACUGCCUCGGGUGACGAGUUACUGCCACCACUGAUUCUCCACAGGUCUAACUCUGACUCCAUUUAAAAUUGUGAAUUAUUUUUCAGAAUGUCACAUUGGACUCGCACACAUUGUGUUGCCAUUUUUACUUUCUGGUUUUCUCAAUAAAACAACACAAUGUUGAUCUACUUUCUUUGUUUUAAAACGGUGGGUACCGAGGGUGCCGUGCUUUGGCUACUCAGCUUUGAUGCCGUGUGGUAUCUGCUGACUUGAGUUAGCAACGGUGCAGAGACCAGGAGCAGGAGUGCCUCGUUCAAUACAUAUAAGGAAAGCGGGUUUUUAAAGAAAAUUUCUGUUAUCUCAAAAUCCUGCCUAAGAUAAGGUUACAAGGACAUUGAGUAACGAGGACAUGCUGCUUACCAAGGAGGCACGGCCAUCUCGGGUCAGAAACCUGAGACACCACGCAGCUGUAGCAAGUCCGCAAGGGCUACACCUUCAACAGCUGAAGUGUGAUUAACAGGGAGUGGGGUAAGUCGUUUCAACUGAGCCAGGGCCCGGCAACAUGAGAGCGCGCGAUAGCUUGGGCCAACACGGCCCUGUGUCGGCUUCUGCCCACUUUGUGCUGGGUGUACUGGUAAGUCCUGUGUCUCCUAGGACUACAGUGCAGAUGCAUGCAACUUAACACAGUUUUGCUCCAAACGAGCGCUCGCUUCUGUGCAGCAGGUGAGAAGCACUGCUGCAGUUCCGGUUCCUUACCUGCACCACGUGUGGGCGGGCGAUGGCUUCUCUGGCAAACAAGCGGUCCCCAGCAGCUACCUUAUUAAUGUGUGCAGGUGUGCACAGUGCUGCAGACGGGCGCGGCACAGGACACGUGUCUGAGCUGCUCAUCGCAGCCACGGGCCAUCUCGUGACUUGGCGUCAUCACAGAGGGGAUGCAUCACUCUGGCCAAACUCCCUGAAAAGCAAUUAGUGCACAGCUUUUUACUUCAAAUUGAUCUUGCCUCAAAGAAAACUCACUGCUCAGCCAUUACUUCCAGUGUCUGCUGACGAAAGGACAGGUAAGUGGGCAGAGCAUGGGUGCAGCUCGCUGCCCACUGUUCAGAUCUGGUCCGCCCGGAGUGCUCGCAGACGGCGUGGCACACGUGCUUUACCUGCAGCACAUGGUCCAGAGCCAGGCCCGCCACGCUCACUAAAUGUGCCACUGCCAUGACAUGGCAGGCGGUCAGUCCAGGAACAGGAAAUUAUCCCAAUUCAGACACUCUUCUCUCCAGUCACACCCAUCGGCUUUCUCAGAUUCAGAACGUGCAGGAUUGGUUCGGUGGAAGGUCAGGAGGCUGCUGUUAGAACUGCAGUUACAGGGACUCCCAGAGCUGGCAAGGGCGCAUCCAGAAUGCCAACAGUGAGCGACCUACAGAAUGCGUUUUCUGUGAGAGCACAGUCCUUGAGCAAAGGCUGGGAGAAAUGGAACCGUGCAGGCUGGUGAGCAAAGAGCAGGGGAAGCAGGACGUACGCACCGGAACCGCCAAGAGUGGUGAAAAUUUCGAGACUUUUCAUACUGUUUCAUCACAUAAGACUGUAUAAACUCUAAAGAUUACUUUAAAAUCUGCUGAGUUCCAGGGACGGCUGAUGGAGGCCACUCCACUUCCUCCGUCCUGUGUUGAUCUGCAGGUGAUGCCCCUCACACCAACCCCAAUGUCCUCGGGUCCAGCUCCUCCCUCCAGGACACCGGAGCCUUACCAACCAGGAAGCUGGGCCCAGAGACACCAUGGUUGGUGUGAGGGGCAUCACAUGCAGGUCUGCCUGUCACCCUCAGCUCCCAGAGGCCGCCAGGUGGGAUCUAACUGCCAUCUGUCACUCGACAACAUAGUACUUCUGUCUUACCACUCAUUAUUUGCUUUCCUUGGGACUGACCCAAAAUUCCAGGUUAUAUGGGGCAGUAAAAACCCCUCUAGUGUGUCACGGAGAGGGCGCCUGUCAGUUGCUAGGCUGCCACCGUGACACUUCACACACUGACCAGCAAGACCGUGCCGGGGAGAUGUGCAUUUUUAAAACAAAAACUCUGGAUUUUAUGUAAAGUUUGCACUAUUACAUAUUAUCAUUUUAACCAUAGAAAAUUUGUCCAUGAGGUCUGAUUUUUAAAUGUCAAGCAUUACUCUCUAUGUAAACAAUGAGCAGUUAAUAAACUCACAAAUGAA